UUCUACGUCAUUGGAAUCUCAAAAUGGCUCCUGCUCACCGCCCAAAUGGGGGCGGCUGCCGGUUUUUCUAAUAACAAAAAUUAUACACGACCAGGCGACUGAUAUUCCCCCUUUUCCUGCCGCCGUCGCUCGGAAUAGCAACCGUAUUUUGAUUAUGCGUCAUUCUGUAAGGAGGGAUGCUCUCUGAGAUCAUGAUAGGCAUAAUAGCUAGACAAGGAAAAACGGGGAAAGAGCAAGCAAAGCUGAACCAGCCACCACAGCGUUUUUGUUAUGGAGCAGUGGUGUAGGGAAUGUGAAUGACAUGGAAAAGGCAUAUAAUGUCUCUUCUCCACCGGCUUUCUGUGUUGGUGCGAACGAAAAGGGGACCAGCAGCACAUAUGUCACCCAGCCGCUGUCUCGCGGUACCGCCGAAGCGGCAGCUCGUAUCUCUAAACAUGUCAGCAGGGACACAACGGGUUGCAGUGACAGCAGGGAGUCGGGUGAAGUAGGAGAGGAUAUUGGCCGUUCCACGGUUUUAGUUACUGACAGUCCAUCCGGUGGCACUGUAAGCAAUUGUGUUAUUCCUGAGCCAGGUUGUGACUCAUCUACAAACGGGUUUACUGUGUCAACAAUGGUAGGCGCCAAGGCAGGGAACUCCUCUGCUGUCGCUGCAGUGAGUCGAGAGGAAAUGGACGGGAAUGCUCUCCAGAGGAUUUCACUGGCAGAGAAGAACAAGGAAUCCUCUGCAGAAGAAGUAGAUGCCUGUCAUCCACCAUUGAACUUUGUGACAGCAGCUGAGACUGUAGAGUCAUUGACACACUCCUGCAAUGGACAGCUUGAACUAAGCUGCACAGCUGCCUCCCGGACUGUUCCAGAGGGGCUCUCGAAUUGGGACACAGACAGUGUUAUUCAGAGCACCCUCAGCAGUGAUGCUGUUAUUAGGCGACCGGUUAACUGGAGUAUGACCCCUGACAAGGAGGCCAAAAUGGCAAAUGGUGGAUUAUUUAUAGGACACAGCAGCGCCAAGUUACACACAGAGACAGUUGUAACAAUUAUUUUGGAUGGAGCUGCAACAUGUCUCUCUAACACACAGUGUGAAAAACCCUCAAUUGCAAUGAGUGCAAGGGAGGGACAUCACGAAUCCUGCAAUAUCAGAGUGGAACCUGACGGAGCCGGGGCCCAGCCUAGGACACAAGCUAACGUAGCAGGAGAUCUAUCUGGUGGUGCUACAUCCAAUCUCACCUCUCAGGGUUUACCAUCAAGCACAGCACCAACGAAAGACCCCUGUAGGGUCAGUGCUAAACCAGACACCAUUCGGGGAGAGGAACCUUCAGCAUCUGAUCACCAAGGAGAUGAUCUUUCUUCCAGACCCCAUCCUCAGGCGCUCAGGACCAGGACUGUGCCCAACAGUGUGAGCUAUGACUCCACCAUUCUCAGUCCAGGGGAUGAGGAUGGGGAGACCUUCGCGGAGCUGGGGGCCCAGGGCCACAGUGACCGCCGAUUCAUGGACGUCAGUCUGAGCUCCAGGAACACCUUUGAGUCCAGCAGACGUCAGUCUGCCCCAGGGGAUAUACCAGAGGGCCUGAGUGUAGUUUCGGCAGACCCCUCAGAACUGGCUUUACAGUCCAAAAGACCCGGCAUUGCUGAGUAUUUUGGCAGGAGUUUAUUUCCCAAGAAGCAGAGAGAGCCGAAGGGUCCGUCUCAGGAUGUUCCUGGUUGGAAGCUGUUUGGGAAGGUUCCCGCGAGAGAGAGCGCUCCCAAGGACUCCAGGACCAUACAGCAGGAGAGUACUCCAGAUGGUCUCGCGUCUGUGUCCACACCAAAUCUCUUAAGCGCAGGGGAGUUUGAGGCCAGGGUGGGCAAGGCUGUGCCUGGGGGAACGUCAGCUGGGACGUCCCCUACUCAGCCUCAACUGGGCCGGAGGAAGAACCUGGAGUUUGAGCCACUGUCCACCACAGCUCUUAUACUGGAGGACAGGCCUGCGAACCUUCCUGCCAAGUCUGUGGAGGAGGCCCAGCGUCACCGCCAGGAGUAUGACGAGAUGGUGGCCGAGGCCAAGAAGAGAGAAUUGAAGGAGGCCCAGAGGAAGAGGAAAGAGAUGAAGGAGAGGUUUAAGCAGGAGGACAGCAUCGCCAACGCCAUGGUGGUCUGGAACAACGACAUCCUGCCCAACUGGGAAAACAUGCGUAACACUCGGCGGGUGCGAGAGCUCUGGUGGCAGGGCUUGCCCCCCAACGUCCGAGGAAAGGUCUGGAGCCUGGCCAUAGGCAACGAGCUCAACAUCACCCCAGAGCUGUAUGAAAUAUUCCUCUCCAGAGCAAAGGAGAGAUGGAGGAGUUUCAGUGAGACGGGUUCAGAAACAGAGGCUGACGAUGGGGCAUCACUGGCAGACAGAGAGUCCAGUCUGGAUCUGAUCAAGCUGGACAUAUCCCGCACAUUCCCCCCUCUUUUUAUCUUCCAGAAGGGUGGGCCAUAUCAUGAUCUCCUCCACAGUGUGCUGGGGGCCUACACCUGUUACAGACCUGACGUGGGAUAUGUCCAGGGCAUGUCCUUCAUAGCUGCAGUGUUAAUCCUCAACCUGGAGGAAGCUGAUGCCUUCAUCGCAUUCGCUAACCUGCUCAACAAACCCUGUCAGCUGGCCUUUUUCAGAGUGGACCAUGAUCUGAUGCUGAAAUACUUUGCUGCAUUCGAGGUGUUCUUUGAAGAGAACCUCCCAAGACUAUUUAACCACUUCCAGAGCUCCAACCUCACCCCAGAUCUCUAUCUCAUAGACUGGAUCUUCACUCUGUACAGUAAGUCGUUGCCAUUGGACGUGGCGUGUCGCGUGUGGGACGUGUUCUGUCGUGACGGCGAGGAGUUCCUGUUCCGGACGGGUCUGGGGAUUCUGCGUCUGUAUGAGGACGUGCUCCUACAGUUGGAUUUCAUCCGCAGCGCCCAGUUUCUGACACGCCUCCCUGAGGAUAUAGGCUCAGAUAGGCUGUUCGCCUGCAUUGCGGCCGCGCCCAUGCUCAAUGGAAACAGAAAAUGGUCCCAGGUAUUUCACGCGUUGAUAAAGGACAACAAGGACAUGGACAGGAAUUGCAACCCAGCACAAAAGAGUUUAUGAUUCAGCAGUGGAACAUUUGAAUGAUCAUGUUCCUCUCUUUAAUUGAGAGGCUUUGAUCACCUUAGAUUGAUCAUGGUAAAUGGACCUCAAAGAAUUUCAUACUUGAAGAUGGAUACCUUGAACACCAUUGGCAAUUUGAUUGAAUUUAUAGUAUUUAUGGUAGUAUAUCAUGAAUAUACAGUACCAGUCAAAAGACAGACCUACUCAUUCAAGGGUUUUUCUUUUUUACUAUUAUUUAGAAUAAUAGUGAAGACAUCAAAAC